CCCUUCGACCAUACCCAAUAGGAGGAAUUCGGGGUAACCUUUCAUUUGAAAUGAAUUGGGAUAACACCCACCACCAUCACAUGCAACAUUAACUUUCUUUCAUUCAUAAUUCAUCAACCAACCUUUCACCGGGCUCUCGUUCGUUCACUUCAGCCAACAGAAGGGUGUUGGUUCAUCCGUUCACGCUGGCGGUAAGGCAUUGUUUGGAAGGAGCAGCAUCUUACCGUCACGCUGCUCUCCACGACAACAAAACAACAAACACUACCUUCGGUGACAACAACAAACAAUGGGAAGAGGAGACAUUGAACUCGAAACAAACAAGGUCUAUGACCACGAUGAUGUAGCAGACAUUGAAGUUCCAAGUACCGCUCAUCAAAUUAGCAGCGAUUCAUGGUUUCAAGUGGGCUUUAUCCUCACAACUGGAAUCAACAGUGCCUAUGUGCUUGGAUAUUCAGGAACCGUUAUGGUUCCAUUGGGAUGGACAGGGGGUGUGGUUGGUCUAGUUCUUGCUACCAUAAUAUCACUCUAUGCAAAUGCUUUAAUUGCUCAUCUCCAUGAAUAUGGAGGACAAAGGCAUAUUAGGUAUAGAGAUCUUGCUGGAUUUGUGUAUGGUAAGAAGGUCUAUUCUCUCACAUGGGCUCUGCAGUAUAUCAAUCUUUUCAUGAUAAAUACUGGCUACAUCAUUUUAGCCGGUUCAGCCUUGAAAGCUACUUACGUUCUAUUCAGGGAUGAUGGUCUAUUGAAACUUCCAUAUUGCAUUGCCAUAGCUGGACUCGUGUGUGCAAUGUUUGCCAUCUGCAUUCCUCAUCUUUCAGCUCUUGGAAUUUGGCUUGGAUUUUCAACUAUCUUCAGCCUAAUAUACAUUAUCAUAUCAUUUUUGCUGUCGCUUAAGGAUGGAUUACAAUCCCCGCCUCGUGAUUACAACCUCCCAGGAGAUGGUUUCAGCAAAGUAUUCACCAUAAUUGGGGCAUCUGCAAACCUUGUGUUUGCAUUUAAUACGGGCAUGCUUCCUGAGAUACAGGCAACAAUUAGGCAGCCAGUUGUGAAGAACAUGAUGAAUGCACUGUACUUUCAGUUUACUGUUGGAGUUUUACCUUUGUACCUAGUUACGUUCACAGGAUAUUGGGCUUAUGGAUCUUCUACAUCAGUGUAUUUGCUUAACAGUGUAAAUGGUCCAGUUUGGGUGAAGGCUUUGGCCAAUAUUACAGCCUUUCUUCAAUCGGUCAUCGCAUUACAUAUUUUUGCAAGUCCAAUGUACGAGUUUUUGGAUACUAAAUAUGGGAUCAAGGGAAGCGCAUUGAAUGUUAAAAACAUGUCAUUUCGAAUCGUGGUAAGAGGUGGUUACCUGGCUUUUAACACAUUUGUGUCGGCUUUCUUGCCAUUCCUUGGAGAUUUCAUGAGUCUGACGGGGGCGAUAAGCACAUUUCCCCUUACAUUUAUUCUUGCAAACCAUAUGUACCUUAAGGCAAAGAAGGACAAACUAACAAGCUCGCAAAAGCUAUGGCAUUGGUUAAACAUUGGUUUCUUUUCCAUCAUGUCUAUUGCAGCAACAAUUGCUGCCAUUCGACUUAUUUCUGUAGACUCCAAAACAUACCAUGUUUUUGCUGAUUUGUGAGAUUCCUUCUAUUCUUUCAGCAAUAGAAACCCAGUAAUUUUUAGUGUUUAAGUUACCUUUUGUUUUAGGAAUAAAGAUAAACAUAGGAUUUCAUCGUAGGAGAUUGUAUUGUACCAAUGUGUUGAUGUAUUUAGUUGAGUAAACUUUUUACUUUUGAAUAA